CUUCUUUCCAUGUUGUUUUAGAUUAGAUAAGCUCUAAACUAAAGGUAUCCAGACAUCUAAUCAAAAGCAGUCACAGAAAGGAUGCGUCCAAACAGCAUGACAUGGGCAACCAACGAAAGAAUACUCUGCAUACUUCUCCCACAGCAGUAAAAUAGGAAUUCGACGAUGUUGAAGAACCAAUGAACAUAAAUCGUGGAACGUGACGUAAGGGUCCCUGUAGAAAAGGCGAGGAGUGUAUCUCAAGGCCAGAGACCGCGGAACAGUGAUAGGGGCUGCCUGCUUGAGUCUUAAUGUAUAGUCUUAGUCGACUCCUCCUUCUCGAUUAUUCACAUGCAUCUUUCUUGGCAAAGAGAAAAAAAUUACUAAAGGAAAACAGCUUCUCUCAGACCUCCAAAAGGAUCCAAAAGCAACAAAAAUUAAAAUUGCUAACGAGUUAUAGCUUUUGUUUUGUUAAAAAGCAUUGGCUACAUGUAGAUUUCCAUAACAUCAAUGCUGUUCUAACACCAACUUGGACAGUGUAUUUUAGUUAUGUGACAAACUGAAGAGGACGCAGCUACAUGGAGAUGCACGCGCCUACAUUCUCAGACACUGUUGUGUUCUUGAUUUUUUUCUAUUCCUUCGACUCGUGUGGAAAUCAUUUUAGUUUUACAGUGAUGCCGGAGUAGAUGAUUCCAAUAAAAGUAGCGACAGUGUCCAUUGAGCGAGUUAGUAUUGGUCGGCGAAGGAGUAAUUAAUUCGUUUACUAAUGCCCUGCAAAAUGUUUUAAUCCAAAUUCCUCUGAAGAAAUAGGAGGGACCAGUAGCAGACCCAUGCAACGGGGCUUCGAUAGUUGGUAUGUUUUUAAUUCCGUAGGAAUUAUUUAGCAAAUGGCAUUUCUUCCCGCAUGAUAAUGGAAUAAUAUAUUGGUAUGCUGCAUAUAAUUAAUUAGCAUUAGUAAAACGACGGAUUCCGUCACUUUAAUUAAUGAAUUAUAGCCUAUGAGAGAGAGAUGCAGAGAUUCGGAUGAUGAUUUCCAUUGGCAGAUGAUAGUGUGGAGAACACGUGUCCAUUUUUGCCUCACAUUUUUUUCUGACCCGGAAUUCUUACAUGUCACACCAAGAAGGGAAAUAAUCUGACUGCCAAUGCACGGGCUAGGUUUGCGUCUUAUGGAAAUCUUUGGUUGCAGAUCUGAGGAAAACACGUAUAAUAUCAUCCCCUCUGCGGCAACGAUGCUUUUCCACGGACUCCCUGGAGGCGACAUGCACGGUGUUGUGGAAGAAAUGGAGCGGAGAGGAAAGAGCGAAUCCGCAGCUAUCAGUUCGGCUAUAGACAUGGGAGAAUCUGAAACGAACAUGCAGUGCAUGAACAGUGACAGGGUGGCUCUGUGCGCGGGCUGCGGCGGGAAGAUUGCUGACCGCUACUACCUGCUCGCGGUAGACAAACAAUGGCACAUGCGCUGUCUCAAAUGCUGCGAGUGUAAACUCAACCUGGAGUCCGAGCUCACCUGCUUCAGUAAAGACGGAAGCAUCUACUGCAAGGAAGAUUAUUACAGAAGGUUUUCGGUCCAGAGAUGUGCCCGGUGCCACCUCGGGAUCUCGGCUUCAGAGAUGGUGAUGCGGGCCAGGGACUUGGUGUACCACUUGAACUGUUUCACCUGCACAUCCUGCAACAAGAUGCUAACGACUGGGGACCACUUUGGCAUGAAAGACAGUCUGGUGUACUGUCGGCUGCACUUUGAAAAUCUCAUACAGGGGGAAUAUCAGACACAUUUCAAUCAUGCGGAUGUAGCCUCUCACAAAGGACUGGGACCUGCCAACGCUUUGGGACUAUCCUACUUCAACGGCGUGGGGACUGUGCAGAAAGGGCGGCCCAGGAAAAGGAAAAGUCCCGGGCCAGGAGCAGAUUUAGCAGCCUACAAUGCCGCACUCAGCUGUAAUGAGAACGACGGAGACUCUAUGGACAGGGACUCUUACAGCUCCAGUCAGAAGACCAAGCGCAUGAGGACCUCCUUUAAACAUCACCAGCUGAGGACCAUGAAGUCCUACUUUGCCAUCAACCACAACCCAGAUGCCAAGGACCUGAAGCAGCUAGCCCAGAAGACUGGCCUCACCAAGCGUGUACUACAGGUCUGGUUCCAGAAUGCUCGAGCCAAGUUCCGGCGGAACCUGAUGAGACAGGAGAACACGGGCGUGGACAAGACCUCAGACGGCUCCACCCUGCAGGGGGGCACACCCUCUGGCCCCGCCUCAGAGGCCUCAAUGAGCCCCUCCAGCACACCCACGACCCUGACGGACCUGACCAACCCCACCAUGCCCACCGUCACCUCCGUGUUAACCUCUGUGUCUGGCAGCAUGGAUGUUCACGAGUGCAGGAGCCCAUCGCAGACCACCCUGACCAGCCUGUUCUGACGCCCCCUCACCUCCCUCACAGACUGCCCCCUUCAGCUUCCUCUGAUGCCCCCAACCCUUUAAGCAAACACCCUGACCAGCCUCUCCCCUGACCCCCCCCCCCCCCCCCCCCUCGACUCUGUCCACUCGGAACCUAAACACAGACCUUUGACAGAGACAUUGAAUGGACUAGUAAAAUUAAGGUAAAGGAAAAAUGCUCUUACUUUUACUCUGAGCCCAUUUUAGAAUAUUUGCAUAGUGAGGCUGCAAAGCCUUGCAGAAGGAACCGUUGUUGUUAUUCUGUUGUUGUUGUUGUUGUAGUUGUUUUGUUGAGAACUGAAGAGACUUGAUUUGCAUUUUUCAGUGUUUACAGAAUGAAACUUGGGGAAAAGAAAAAAAACUGCUUAAUUUUGGAAAUUCAUUUUUUCCAGCACAAUAUUUAUGUUGUUGUACAGGAGUCAGUGUUAGGAAACAUUGAGAAGGAUUGUAAAAUGAUGGGAAAUCAGAUUAAACACAGGCUAAGAUAUCCUAAGACUGCAAUGUGCCUUACACUCCAUUUUAUCUUCAAUUGGCCCCAACAUAUCCAGACCUAUUUCUCCCAGUAACAUCAGAUAGAUACACAUGUUUUGAACCAACAGAGAGUAUUUUGGAUCAAGGGUAUAGGAGUAAACGUGUGUGUGUUCCGUGUGUCUGGUGCAUGUGUCUGUGUGUGUGUGUCUGUGUGGGUUUGUGGUCUUAACUGUUGUUGAAUAAAUCAAAAAUUACAUGUUUACACGCACGCACACACACAGAUCUGGCAUAUGAUAUCAUACAAUAGGUUGAAAUGAAACAGCCAAUGAAAUCUAGUUUUGUUUUGAAAUAUUGUGAUCUUACGAUUUGCAAUUAUCUUACAAGAACAACAAUUCUAUACCUCAUUUACAUAUGAACUUGAUAUCAAUGAAGAUGGUUUUGCUGGCUAAAUACUGCUGUGACAUACAGUACACACUGGCAUCCCAACCUCUUACCUCAACUCAGCUUCCACUGUUCAACACAACUGGGAGUUUUGAAUUGCAAUUGGUCAAAAUGAUGUUUCCCUCAACAGGAGUUGAAGCACUAAAAGCCAAUAUAAGGCUAUUUUCAAGUGUAUCUUUAAUCAGACACAAUGUAGCAUGAUAUGUGUAGGCAGCGUGUCAUGUCCAACCAAGAGAAAAGGCCAGCUAUUUAUAUUUGUGUUACAGUAAAUACCAUAAUUAUCGUAAGCUCUAAUUGUGGGCUUCUGUUUAAGUUGUGCAACCAUUUACUUCCAAAUUCUGUUACAUGAAACAACAGUCUACUGGCUACAGAUGUUUAAGUUUCCCUUUUGUAGACAGUAUCACAAGCCAGAUAUUUUACUCAUAGGGAAAAAAAUAUGAGUUUAUGAGUGAGAAUACGCAGUCAUACGGUUCCUUCCACCUUCAUCCCUCAAACACUACUACUACUACUACUACUACUACUACUACUACUACUACUACUGUACCAGCCACUGGUCUCCAAUGAUGUAUGGUUAUUGACUGAGGACUUACUGUUUUCCUGCACCUUCUUGUACAGAUCCUGACCCUUCGAUGUAGUCUUCAGUUCUGUAAGAAAUAUAAAAAAUGAAUUAUAACUUAUGUCAUCCUUACAAAUUUGUUCCUUCACGUCUGUGAGUUUUGUAUUACACCAUUAAAAGCACUAACCUAUUUUGCA